CGGCCAUGGAGCCCAGUCCCGAGGCGUCGCCGGGGCCUUCCCGCUCGUUCAAAGAGGAGCUGCUCUGCGCAGUCUGUUACGACCCCUUCCGCGACGCUGUCACUCUGCGCUGCGGCCACAACUUCUGCCGCGUGUGCGUGACGCGCAGCUGGGAGGUGCAGGUGGCGCCCAGAUGCCCGGUGUGCAAGGAGCGCACCUCCCUCGCCGACCUCCGCACCAACCACACCCUCAACAACCUGGUGGAGAAACUGCUGCGCGAGGAGGCCGAGGACGCGCGCUGCACCGGGCACCGCUCCCCGCGCCUCUGUCGCCUGCACCGCGCCCAGUUCAGUCUCUUCUGCUUCGAGGACAAGGAGCUGCUGUGCUGCUCGUGCCAGGCCGACCCCCGGCACCAGGGCCACCGCGUGCAGCCAGUCAAGGACACUGCCCACGACUUUCGGGCCAAGUGCAGGAACAUGGAGCACAUGCUGCGGGAGAAAGCCAAGGCAUUCUGGGCCAUGCGGCGCUCCUACGAAGCCAUCACCAAGCACAAUCAGGUGGAGGCGGUCUGGCUGGAAGGUCGAAUCCGACAGGAGUUUGAUAAGCUUCGCGAGUUCCUGAGGGUGGAAGAGCAAGCCAUCCUGGACGCCAUGGCGGAGGAGGCGAGGCAGAAGCAGCAUCUGGCGGAGGAAAAGAUAAAGCAGCUUUCCGAAGAGACGGAGACACUGGCAUGCGAGAUUGAGCGGCUGCAGAGGGAGAUGAAGGAAGAUGACGUGUCUUUCCUCAUGAAGCACAAGAGCCGGAAACGACGACUCUUCUGCAGCAUGGAGCCGGAGCCUGUCCAGCCCGGCUUGCUCAUUGACGUCUGCAAGUACCUGGACUCGCUGCAGUACCGUGUGUGGAAGAAGAUGGUCCUGUCUGUUGAAUCUGUGCCCUUCAGCUUCGAUCCCAACACUGCGGCUGGCUGGCUCUCCGUCUCCGAUGACCUCACCAGCGUCACCAACCAUGGCUACCGGGUGCAGGUGGAGAACCCAGAGCGCUUCUCCUCGGCGCCCUGCCUGCUGGGCUCCCGUGCCUUUUCCCAGGGUUCCCACGCCUGGGAGGUGGACCUGGGGGUGCUGCCGAGCUGGCGGGUGGGCGUGGUGCGUGUCCGCCAGGACACCAGCAUAGAAGGACACGCACACAGCUGUUACCAUGACACGCGCUCGGGCUUCUGGUACAUGUGCCGCACGCAGGGCACGGAUGGGGACCACUGCAUGACGUCAGACCCGUCCACACCUCCCGUGGUCCUGGGCGUCCCGCGCCGCCUGCGCAUAGAGCUCGAGUGUGAGGAGGGCGAGCUGUCCUUCUAUGACGCCGAACGCCACUGCCACCUCUACACCUUCCACGCCCGCUUCGGGGAGGUGCGGCCCUACUUCUACCUUGGGGGCAUGCAGGUGGACGGGCCGCCGGAGCCCCUGCGCAUCUGCCCGCUGCGCGUUACCAUCAGGGAGGAGCUGGACAGCUGAGUUGGAGGCUGGGCCAGGUGCUCCCUGGGUGACCUGUUGGCCUUUUUUCUCCUCGUGCCUAAAUUCGCCCCAGAGCUUCUCUCCCUGGACCUGCUAGCCAGGGAUCUCCCAUUGUGUAUCUUAGGCCCUUUCUUAACUCUAGACUCCAAGCCUGUCCUUAUUUUUUAUUCCUCCUCUACCCGCACGUCUUUGAGUACCUGAAUGGCUUGGGCCGGGCUAUUUACUGAAAGGCUGCAGGUCAGACCCUCCGAGCAGUGCCUCUCAAGAAAGGCCUGGUGAGCGGCUGUCAUAAAGAUUACAGCCAAGAGGCCUAUGCAGCCCUCCUAGUCUAGCACAUGGAGGCUCCCGUCCCCAGGAGCUAGCGCUGAGUCAGCGGCAUGUCCAGUGAUGUGGCUUCAUUCCUGCAGUCUGGGGACAGUUUUGCUUCUCGAAUCGGGGCCUUGGCAUGGCUUCCGGCAGCCUCCAGGGCUUGGGCUUCCUAUUGCUUUUUAUAGGUGCUCUUCAGAGCCUCCCUGAGCUAUCCGUGAGAUCAGCGCCAAUCUCUCUAGUUCACACUUCUUGUGUGGCUUCCCAGGCACUUAAAAAACAAAACAAAAUGUUAAAGACCUUGGUUUCAGCCCCAUGUCCCUGGCCUAUGGUCUCACCUGUGCAGAAGGUAUUGGUCUAGCAGCCGGUGUCAGCCUGCUGCAACCAUGGAGGAAACUCUUCUGGUAAAUUAUGCAGACGUCAAGGGGGGCUGUCCAGUUAGGAAGCGAGGAGAAGACCGCAGGUCCUGAGGUGGUGCUGGUGAGCGAGGGCACCCCACGAGAUACCCUUGCUGGCCCUCACCUCGGUUCCUUCUGGCCUACCUCACCCCGAGUCUCUUGCUUGGCCAUUUGCUGUGUGCAUCCAAGUUUCCCUUCCUGGACCUACACGCUUGUACUUCUGCUGGUUUUUGCCACACGGGCCGAUGUCGAGUUUACUUGCCUGCCUGUGGCCCACGGUUCACACCCAGUGGCAAGGCAGAUAGAAGCAGGCGAAUGCAAGGCUGGCACACGGGUCAUCUAUGUGCUGUAUGCCUGUCAUACUGAACAUGCAGAGGGCACAGGUCUCAGAGACUACAGUGGGAGGAAGACUGGGUGCGAACAGGGAGGUGGUGGGCGGUGCUGGCAGGGGCAUGUUCCAUCCUCACGCCCUCCAACAAAACACCUAACCCUUCUGAGGUCAGUGUAUAAAGUACUCAUCUAGCCCAUGAAAUAUUUCUGUAUAAUAAACUUGACCUGAGGUUAUUUUGUUAGCUACUAACCAAAAAAAAAAAUGUUGCUUUUAUUUUUUAUGUUGAAAGAUUUUGAAAUCUGGACAGUCUAUGCCUCUAAAAAAAAAAUUAAAAAUGAAACUUGA